CUCCAGUUCAGCAGCAUCCUCAUAACUUCUUGUGGUGUUGUAAAACAUUAGAUUGAACAAAAGUCGUAGUAGCAAAUAAUUGGAACCAGCAGAAAUGUCUGGUUGCCUAGCGCUACCGGAUUGCUGCCGGUGUUGUCUGGAGGAGCAAAGCGACUCUUUCGAUGUGUUCUCAACCUUGGAAGAGUUCAACAGCAAAAUUCGUGACUUACUGGAGGACUGCAGUGGAAUCACGAUAAAAGAUGAAGAUUUUUUCCCGAAGAACAUUUGCGGUACGUGUUUGGGUGAUCUGUCCAACGCGGCCCGCUUUCGAAUGCGAUGUCUUAAAUCUGAGGAGAUUCUACGGAAUAUAAAAAUUGACGACAAAGAAUCCCGAAAGCAUGCAAAUGAUCCAACAGCACCAGUCGAGCAGAUUGAUCGAGAAAACCAGCUUGUUUUGGGUGAGAAUCAAAACUUGGAGUGUAGCGUGGACAAUGAGAAUACGGAGAACAGCGACAUGGUCUAUCUUUCCGAUGAACCAGAGUUAGAAGCUGAACAAUGUCCUCAGGAGAAAGAAACCAUGGUGGUGACAGGUGAAGAACAGUCUGAGGUCGAACAGCCAAGCCAACCAACGGAAAACGAGGAUUCCGAGAAAAAACUCAACUUAAACGAAGAAAAAGAUGAAAAAGGCGAGUGUUCCCAGCAGCUUGAAAUGAAUGUUAAUCAGUUCCUGAAAAUAGAGGAAAAGUGUAACACCGAAGAAACUGCAGAAUCUCAAUUGAACGAAUCAAAGAUUAAAUUGGAUAACGAUGAUGGAGCUGGCGAAAACGUGGACCACACAGUUGCAUGCAGUGUCUGCAGCAAAGAGUUCAAGAACAGCGAUGAGCUACACCGGCAUAUCCGAGUACAUUCAGAAGAAAAAAUGGAUCUGAAAUGUUACAUUUGCUGCAGGAGAUUUAGUCUCAAAAGUGCCCUGAUCAGACACAGGCGUACCCAUGCCAUUGAGCGUACACACCAAUGUGGCGAGUGUGGCAAAAGCUUUGCUGCUAGAUUUUCCUUAGUAAGACACAUGAUUAGCCACAGCAAUGAACGACCGCACAAAUGUGAGGUCUGCGGCAAAGCGUUUAAUAUGAAGAACACCCUAAAGAAGCACAGACUCAUGCACACUGGUGAGCGGCCAUUCAGCUGCGACAUUUGUGGUAAAACCUUCACGACGUCUAGUGCCCGCAUUAAACAUAAGCGCAUCCAUACCGGGGAACGACCCUAUGAGUGUAACAUGUGCAGCAAAGCAUUCAUCUCUGGGAGUCAACUAAAGGUUCACGUCCGCAUGCACACCGGCGAUAGACCGUACAAGUGCGAGGUCUGCGGUAACGGGUUUACGGCUCAGCACUCGUUGAAGUACCACAGACGAAAUCUUUGUGGCAAACCUGCAAAAUCUCAGGAUGGUGAGGGAUCACAUAAAUGUGAAACCUGUGACAAAGAAUUCCCAAAAAAAUUUCUUCUUCAAAGACAUAUGCGCCAGCAUGUGAACGAUCUUCCGUUAAAUUGCGGAACUUGUGGCAAAACAUUUUUGAAGCGAUCGGUUCUUCUGCGACAUAUACGUUCCCAUAGCGGCGAACGGCCGCACAGAUGUGACGUCUGUGGAAAAACAUUCACUACGAAAUGUGCCCUCAAAAGACAUCGACGAGUUCAUACUGGCGAGAGACCGCAUAAAUGUGACAUCUGUGGCAAAGGAUUCAUCACCAAAAGUGAAGUGACGCGCCACAGACCAAUCCACACGGGCGAGAGGCCUAUAAAGUGUGAUGUUUGUGGUAAAGGAUUUAUCACCAACAGUCAUCUAAAGCUUCACAAGGUUAGUCACACGAAGCAGGGUGUGCUUGAAUGUAGUGUCUGCGGAAAAAAGUUUGACCUUAGAAGAAAUCUUAUCAGGCACGAGCGAAGACACAUCGCACCGCGAUCGCACGAGUGCACAAUGUGUAAUAAGAAGUAUAUUACGAGAGGUCUUCUUAAUCGGCACAUGAUCAGCCAUACUAAACCGAUGAAACGCGGACCGGUGGAAGAGAAAGGUCCUUUCAAAUGCAACAUUUGCGACACAGAGUUCGAGAAAGGAGUCCUCUACAGGCAGCAUGUUCGGAAACAUGAACUACCGCACAAGUGUGACCUUUGCGGCAAAGGUUUCACGAUCCGAAGUCUUCUUCUACGGCACAGCCUGUCGCAUACCGGCGAGAGACCGCACAAGUGUGACAUUUGUGACAAAGCGUUCAGCACUACCUUCGCAGUGGCGAGACACAAGCGGGUGCACACCGGAGAACGACCCCACAAGUGUGACAUUUGUGGCAAGGAGUUUAUCACCGGUGGUCAGCUGAAGCAGCACCGGCGCAUACACACUGGUGAACGACCGAAUCAUUGUGAUAUUUGCAACCGGGGGUUCAUCAGCAGCUCGCUACUGAAACGGCACAAACGUUCGCACUGUGCGCAGCGUUUGCACGAGUGUAGCAUCUGCGGCUCAGAGUACAAUACCGCUAUCGAGCUUGCGCGCCACAAGCGUACCCAUACCGAAGAAAGUGACAGUGAGGGGUCGUAGAUUAUAAGGCAAAUGGAACUUUCCGCGCGCGAGGAAUGAUUCAGUUUACUCGAUGAAGUUCCAAUUUUUCAUUAGUUUUUUAAAUUGUACAGAAAAUAGUAGAGUUAAGUUUCCACCAGCCAUAGGUUUUUCUGGAAGUUCAAGGAGAAUAACUUUUUUUAAAGAAACAGGGACAUAAGCAGGACUUAAAUGAAGUUUCGAAAAAGCAUGCUUUCUUAGUUUAAAACGCUUCUCUGAGGUUGUUUACAAUGCUGUUGUAUUUUAUAUGGGCUGCUCAAUCCCAGUACAUGAAAAGGCGAUUGGGCGGGUUAAAAUAGAUGCUGGCGGUAGGCUAUUAAAACUAUGUUAUAGGCUACCCACCCUAACUUGCCGUUUACUGUAAAAAUAGUGUGGGAUGUUUUUUGCAAAAGAAAACAUUUUGACACAAACAGAAGGCUGAUUCAAAUAUUUCCAUCAUAAACUGAUCAAAGAACCUAAAUAACUAAUGUAGCCAAGCUAAAGUAAUAACACCCCCUUUAACAGGUUCCAAAUAAUAAAAUUCAAUAUUCAAUUGGAUAAUGGCUAAGAAUAGGACGAGAGACAAAUAGUGUAAGGCCAACAAAACAUUUUUGAAAAAUCCUAUACAAUCUUCGGCGAAGUUGAUCCGUUAACUGGACUUGACCGAUUUAGCUGAAAAUUAGAUGAGACAUUUCUGGUGGAAAGAGGAAUCGACUCAAAGGUUGGCUGAUUUCGUUUUGCUUGUGCCAAUCUAGUGAAGAGUUUCGUAGGGUAGACGAGCCCACAUUCAUCUCAUUAAUCAGAAUGUCACUAUUUCGUUGAUAACUCGACUUAGAGUGACUGGAUUGCGCUUAAAUAGAUAUCAUCAUGUUUGCCUCGUUCCUAAGAAGCAGUACAGUUAAAACUUUUGCCAGGAAAAUGUAAAAUGUUCGCGCUGGAGCGAAGCAAAAAGUGGAGUACAACGUAACCAUAUUUAGGGACCAUUCAUAAAUUACGUAACGCUUUUAGGGGGGGGAGGGGGUUCGAGAAGUUGUUACAUAUUGUGACA